CGUACUUACAGUACUCUAUAGAAGGCAUAGUUCACAUUCAUAUCGCUACUGUUGCCCCUUCCCUUUCUUCAACACUCGUAUCACGCUCAAGCUCUCUGAAAAUGCCUUCUGCACUGAUACUCAUUGCUGACGGAACGGAGGAGAUGGAAUUCACCAUCACCUACGACACCCUCGUGCGAGCGGGUGUCUCUUGCACGUCUGCAUUUGUCUCUGCUGCAGAUGCGGCCCCGCAUAACAAGAAGAGCCCGCCGCCGUACGCGAUUGGAUCGCGCGGGAUGAAGAUCCUCACGGACCAGCACUUUACGCCCCACGUAUCUACUCCAGAGGAAUAUGACCUGUUCGUGAUCCCCGGCGGCGCGAAGGGUGCGGAGACGAUCGCGAGCCACCCGCGCGUGCAGUAUUUGGUGCGGGUGUACUUGCAGGAGAAGAAGUUUGUCGGCAUGAUCUGCGCAGGGAGUAUGGCGGCGAAGACGUCUGGUUUGCCGAAGCAACCGCUGACAUCUCACCCGAGUGUGAAAAGCGAACUAGAAAAUGAUUUUGAAUAUUCGGAGGAACCCGUCGUCGUCUCGGGAAAGCUUGUGACUAGCCGGGGACCAGGCACGGCAUUUCCGUUCGCGUUGACCCUCGUAGAGCUCCUUUGCGGCAAGGAGAAGCGAGCAGAGGUGGCGGGCCCCAUGGUCUUCCCACCUGGCACCUUUGCUUGAUGUGCUCGGCUCUCGCAAGCUGUCGACGAAAGAGAUGCGAGCAGAUACAACAACAGUGUACAGUUCAUGAUGUAGCAAUAUGGUAUGUAGCAAUGAAACCAUCCUCGGCGUA